CUUCACUUGCGAAUUUCACUUUCACAUCACCAUGUUCCGAUAAUGAAAUUUUGGCAAGAACUCGGAUCAUUUGCCUACUCGCCAGGCAAAUCGCAGCCGGGGCCCGCCCUGCACGUAGUUCUCUGCAGCCGCUUCAAAACCUGCGGCGGGGCAGCGUGGGCAGCCCUCAGAACAGCCUCGGCCAGCGGUCCUGCCACAGCCCCCGGGCCCACAAAGGGCUGGAGGCCGGGCCGGGCGGGCUGAGGAGGAGGAGGAGGAGGAGGAGGAAGAAGAGGAGGAGGAGGAACAGAGGAGCCGGAACAGAGGAGCCACCCGCGUGGCUCGUCCAUUUUUCGGGGCGCCUCGGGCACGUUGCGUGUGCUGCCGGCGGAGAAAGGAAAGGCUCGGGCAGGAAGGCGGGACGUCCUCGCGUUUCAUGUUCCGUCAGCCCGACAGCAUUUCGGCUUUGAUUCCGACUUGCUCCUACCUGCGCCCGGGCAGUGACGGGGAGGAGAGCGGGCGCCGGCCCACCAUGUCCCGGUACAGCCUGCACAACCUCCUGGACUGGAUGUACGGGGGCGUGGACCCCAGCUUCGCCGGCAACGGAGGGCCGGAGUGCGCGGCCUUCCUCUCAGGGCAGCAGCGCUUUGUGGAGAGCCUCGUCUUCCUCAGCGUGGGCGCCGCGGAGAUCCUGCUGUCCCUGUGGAAGCUGAGGCAGCUGCACUGCAAGGAGCUGGAGGCUCAGCUGCUGCAGCAGCCCCGGGCGAAGCAGGAGAGCUUGGGCAAGAACCUGCUGCUGGUGGCCCUCUGUCUCAUCUUCGGGCUGGAGGUGGGCUUCAAGUUUGCCACCAGGACCGUCAUUUACCUGCUGAAUCCCUGCCAUGUGGUCACCGUGAUGCAGAUUUUUCUUCUUGCCUGCCCUCCAUGUCGGGUUGCAAUGAUUCUCUUCAGGUUGCAGAUGCAUAUGCUGAAUGGGGCCCUCUUGGCAUUACUGUUUCCUGUUGUUAAUACACGCCUGCUUCCAUUUGAAAUGGAAAUUUAUUACAUCCAGCAUGUGAUGCUCUAUGUUGUGCCCAUCUAUCUGCUGCGGAAAGGAGGUAUCUACACUCCAGAACCACUCUCCAAUUUCUGGUGGGCUCUUUUAUCUACUGGGUUUAUGUUUGUAUAUCAUUUUAGCAUCUUGCAGAUUCUGGGUUUGGUUACAGAAGUGAAUUUGAACAACAUGUUAUGCCCAGCCAUCUCAGAUCCUUUUUAUGGGCGCUGGUAUCGAAUCUGGGCAUCUGGACACCAGACAGUCAUGACUAUGACUCAUGGGAAGCUUGUAAUUCUGCUGUUUUACAGUGCUGUCCCCAUCUUUAAAUGUAGCGUGGACUUACUUAGACUCCCCGCUAAGAAAAUAGACUGAAAUUUCUCCCCAUGGAGUAGUACAUACAGGAAGCAGAGACACCUGUAUUCAUACUGGAAAACAAAGAGGAGGGAUGAGAAGACUGUGUGUUUAUAUUUCUCCCCACAGUUUAUUGCCUCAAAAACACCUCUGUUAUCAAUUGAGGGUUCUUCUUUUAACUGCUGUUUCUCACUGCCUAUUGCCAAUGGCAAAAUUAGUGGCCUUAUUCUGGGAAAGGUUCGUGUUUUAUACAUUUUGUGCAGAUUACAGUAGAAUCAUCUUGCUAAUCCACCCUUUAAAAUUAGGCCAGGAUCUGUCCACAUUCCAGCAAAGAGAGUGGCAGUGCUACCUCAUUUUGACUUCUUUUCCACUAAACAUGAGUGCAGUUAUAAUCACAGAAUAGGAAGGAAAGCUGAAUUACAACUCUCCACUGAUGUGAACAGAACGCAGCUUGAAGUGCAUCAUCCUGGCUUAACUCUUAGCACUUAAAUGUUGCAAAAUGGUCAUAGUGGAAUGAUGUACAUGUGAUCUCCCAGUCAUAGGUGCAAAACAGUGAGGUUCUACUGUAUUUUCAUUAAGCUGGUUGAAAAUAUUGGGGAACAAUAAUUCUUUCAAAAAUCAUGAUUUUUUUUAUCUGACUACUUCGUUUCUUAAGCUGCUGGGGGUAAGUAUCUGUCUGCCAAGGUCCCAUCAGAUCUUGAUCCUUUGGAGAUGCUUCUUGAUGGAUUGGAAGAACAUAUUGAAAUAAUUUCAAAAGCCCACAUUAUGUGUAAGCUACGAUAGAUAUUUCAUCCACUGCUCUGACCUGCCUUUAAACAAAAUGUUUUCUUUGGCACUUAGUUUAGAUUGGAGAGAGAGUGGGAAUACAGAGUCCAAUGUAAACAGUUUUCUUUUUCUUUUUUUUUUAACUUGCAGUAUCUUGAAACAUUCCUCCUGUGUUCUACCCUGAUCCUUAAUAGAGUGGUUAAUGAGGAAACAAAAUGAAACUUUCUUUCUCUUUGACUCUAAUACAUUCUGUACACUUUUUAAAAAUAUAGGUACAAAAAGGAAUGUCACGUUAGCACAGGACUGAAAAAGCUGUGUUCCAGUUUACUAGUAUGACUAAAUUUUCUUGUCAACCUGUGUUUUGGAGUAGAACAGGAUGUAGGUAGACAGAAUUAUAAAUAGUAAACUGGCUAAGGGGAGAAACUGCUGGGCAGGAAGCUGGGAGGGCUCUACUGUGUGCCUCCAGAUAGCUAAUUGCAAGCCUAUUGUUGUGCAGCAUUUCAGGGCUGCAGGAAUUUUGUUGUACAGAAGUUUGUUGCCAUUUAUAGAUUAUUUGCAUUGUAUUGUUGUAGCUGUGACUUGUAAGAUAAAAACAAAACCAUCAUACCUCCUCUGGAUGGAUCACCCGAAUACAUACUCUGAUGUGAAGGUACAGUCAUUUAUACCUCAAGAAGAAAAGUAAGAAUGAUAAGUGGUUGACUUCUUUUUUCUUUUUUGUAAGAUAAGUUUUCAUUGGAGAAGGGAACAAAUGGCUUCUCCAAAUAUUUUUCACUCCACAUGGUUUUAUUAAAAAAAAAAAAAAAGUAGAUCCCAGUUAGAUGUACUUUGUUCUACAUUUAAAUUUACAAACUCGAUUCUGGCUUUCUUCCAUGCCUAUAAACUAAAUACCCUGUACUAUCACAACCUGAGAACAUGAGAGCAAUCUAAACUAUCUGUCAAGCAUGGAUAGCUUGUCCCUGUUAUAGACUACACUACUCCAUGUGCCCUUACUCAGUGUGCAGGUUGAGAAGACUAAGUACCUGAUACUAAGAAGUAUCACAGAGUUCACUAGCAAUUGUUGAUUCUGCAAAUGUCUAAGUAGGUACUGAACUUCGCUGAGCAUCCCACUACUGCCUCAGUGAAGCUGGGCAUAUGUUGCCUAAGUAGUUGUGGAGUGUGGGGCCUAAAGAAAAAAUACAUUGGUACUAAAGGCUUGAACCCAUCUGUGGAAGACCACUUAAUUAGCUGCUGAAGUACUUCAAGAGUCAGUAUUGCAUCUGCAGUUGAUGAAAUACAGGAUGUUGCUGGGAGAUGCUAAGAUGGGCACUGCUGGAUGUUAAAGCGUGCUCUCUAUUAAUAUACUUCAUCUCCUAUGAACAGCUAAAUGUAGUGUUUCUGCCCUCCCCACAGUUAGUCAACUGUAUCUUGGUUUGUUUAUUACUAAUUUGGCAAAAUGCCUUGGGUUGGAUCUAGUCUGCUUUAGAAAGAAUGUUUGGUGUAACAGUGGGAUGAUUUUGCCAAAUUUUGCAAACACUAGCAUUAUAAUUUACUUAAUUUUAAUCACUAUUUUUUGAAGAAUCCUGUUUAUUUUUUUUCUUCAGAAUAUAAUAUUCAAGCUACUGGAAAAAAAAAUAAUUACAUGAGAGUAACGCCUUCUCCUCCCUCUCCUUCCCCCCCUAAAAAAAUGCCAGUAUUUCCUAUCUUCUGCAGUCCUGUGCUUCAGGGCACUCAUUCUAACCAGGUAUAAAACAGCUCCUCUUUCUCACCAGUGACUGCCUCUGGUCAAUUAAGACUGCAGAAGUAUUUACAUAAGCUCAGGUGUUUCAGUGCAAGCUCUUUUCUUGGAAUGCAAAGCCCUUCUGACUGACUUAAAAUUGAAGAGCAGGAGUGGUGACUUCAAGUACAGCCACCACUAUGGCAAAGUCCCUAGGGCCGUUUGGUUUCUGUCUUGUGCUGGGCCUCCCGGUCUUCUCACCAUUCUGGGCACAACUUCACAACAGCUGACAGAACAGUUCAUCACAGCCAAAGGGAAACUCGUAUUCCCUUUCCACACCUCACCUGUGCAGGUUUUGGUGUCUGAACUGCUGAAGUUGCUAAAAUGGCUAAUUGAAUGUGGUAAUUUAGCAAAGAAGUAGAGAGUUAAACCACUACCCUAAGUAAGGCUGUUCUGAGGGUCAGAAGACUGGUGCCGCUGGGAUCACGAGGGAGGGCAGCAGUCAGCACCUCUUUGUGACGGCAAGCUGUGUUGACUUCUUCGCUUAAUGUCUUCUACUGAUGAAGUUGGCCAAGUUAUUGUUCCCCCUGCCCCUUUCUGAAGGUUAUUUUUAAACAUGGUAUUUCAGUUUGUUUUAUGGGAUGGUUCCCCAGCAAGCUGUGUCAGCACAGCUGAGACGUGAGCUUCACGUAUGGAGAACAGGGCAGAAAAGGAAUGAACUUCACAUCCCUUACUCCCCAGCUGUCUCGGGUAGCUUUUUGGAAGAUGCAUCUUACAGAGCUUGUUCAGUAUGUAGGAUAUUAGUUUGAACAGGAAAGCAGAACACUUAACCUCCAUGUAGGAAUAUGUUUUCUUCCCUGGCAGAUUUUAUUUUCCUCUAGUAGUUUAUUUUAUGGGCACUUAUGCUGUACAGGUGAUUUCUCUGGUUGCUUUUAUGUUGGAAAUUAAAGAGUGAAACUAUGUUGCUAUUCUUAAAAGCUGAUCAGCAUUCUCUCCUGUGGCAUCAUGGACACAAUCUAUGUCAAAGGAAAUUCAAGCUGUUGCCCACUACCUGGUUAUGAGGUUUUACACUGGAGCAGUGCGAUGUGUGAGCAGAAGGGUAGUCCUGGCCCUCCCUAGUCAGAUGUUCUGGAGUCUUUUAUCUCAGUGCUAACAGUUAUGAAGAUACUAGGGGCACAUAUGGUGCACAGCCAGAGGCUGCCCAUAUAGCCCGACAGACUGUUCCUUUCAGUAGGGGCCUGUAUUUUAGAAGUGCUUAGGCUUGGUUACAAAACCUCACCCUGAAAUGGCUUGAUUUGCUGACCAUGAACGAGUCAUGUACAAUACCAGAAAAAAUUAUUGUGUGAUGCUUCAUUUCAUCUAAGUUACGUGUUCAGCUGUCUGAACACAGCCUUCUAUUCCAAUUUUUAGUACACGGACACUCCAAACAAAAGAAACAAGGAGCAAUGAGAAUGACUAUCCUUUCUGCCAGCAAGUGACAGUCUAAACUUCCUUCCAGGUGUAGACAUCAAUGAAGCACUAGUAACUACAGUAAAAUUGUUUACGGAUCAGAUUGUUUGUUUAUGCAGCACUCCAAAGCAUAAAAACGAGCAACUACACAUUCUGCAUCCACCAUAACUUCAGGUGAUAGCCUGUGAAUACUGAGAUUAUUGUGUCAGCGAUUGUGCCAAGGCUUUAGCUGUCUAGGACAUAUGCAGCAUCUUUUUUACUUCUUUUUUUUUUUUUUUUUUUUUUUUAGGAUUCAGACACUGUAGGCAGUAUUUGAGCUGUAUCUGUUUUGUGUAACUUCCUUCUCUUUAAGCACCAAAGAAUUUGCAUCUUGUUUUCUUUUUGAAGGGUGAAAACUACCAGUUCUUGAUCAUACUUAAAAAUUAAUGAGAACCCCUGUCUGUGACCACAACACCCAUACUUGGGGUUUGGUUCAGCUUCUUGUGGGCUUUAAUUACAAGCAGCAUUUCUCAAGUCGUUUGUGCUUAAAGUAUAGCUACAUUGCUGAAGCUGGGAGACUCAAAAAGUCAGUUUAUUUGCAUACCUUUAUUUUAUACAGUACCUCAUUGUAGAUCUACCCCUUGGUCUCCGGCCACAAUCAGGGUUUUGAUAUUUCUGUAUAUUUGAUAAUAUUUUGUAAAGCCUAAUGGUAUUUUCCUUUCAGAAGUGGCUACUUGCAACUGUUCAAGUACUGUAUUUUACUCUUAGAUCCUAAUUCUUGCAUCUAAACUACAGGCAUGUGUUUCCUAUGCAUCUAUACCUAAUGGCAACCGUAGAUGAUGAUGUUUUUCUUGCUGUUGCAAGUCAUAGAAUGAUUUGGGCUGCAAAAGACCUCGAAGAUUGUCAAGUCUAACCAUCAGCUUGACUUACGGAGUCCUACCACUAAACCAUGUCCCUUAUUGCCAUGUCUACGCGUCUCUUGAAUAUCUCCAGGGAUUGGGACUCCACUACAUUCCUGGGCAGCCCAGUCCAAUGCUCAAUCACCCUCUUCAUGAAGAAAUUCUUUCUCAUGCCCAAUCUAAACCUCCUCUGGUGCAACAUGAGACCAUUUCCUUUUUGCAUCCUAUCACUUGUCAUGUGAUCCAUGUGGUGGAUUCUUAGGAAUUAAAAGCUCUAAAAAGGAAAAAAAAUAAAAAUAAAAAAAGGUGGGCAUAUGUCAGCCCUUCUGUUAGUAGCUGGAAGGCUUCUACAGGCAGACAGGUCAAUGUUAAUGUUUUCAUUUCUACAGUGACAAGAUACAUAACAAAUCUGUACAUUCUUGUGACCUCAUGCUCAAGAUGCUAUUGUUGUAUAUCUGUAUUGCAGCUUUUAGUAAUUUAGUAAAGCCAAGCUGUUUUUAAAAUGAUGUUAUUUUUCUGCAGGGUCAAUUUUGUACUUUUUUUUUAAAUUAUUCCUGCAUUUACUGAGUCAUUAUCUCAAUGCUGCAGAGGAUGCACCAGGCAGAACGGUAAGCAUACCCACGCCACUCUUGCCAGCCAAACUGUGCCAGGGAGCUGGAAUUGCUCAGGUACUGGACUGAUGUACAAAGCAGUCUCUGGAAACUUGCAGUUCCUCUUACCCAACCCUCUAGUUCAAGUGUGCUGUUACCCAGGCACCGAAUGGAAUGGCAAGGGCAAGGAUGGAUGUGGAGAGGCUCAACUUCCACGUAUGCUGUUAGUUCUGAAUAAUUUGUAAGAGUGUUAUAAAUUUUGUAACUUUUUAAUGUGCUAAAACUUGGUAAUGAGGUAACAUUUACAAAUAAGGGGUAAUUUGUGAACUUGUUUUUGUAUUUUGGUCUGAUGAUUUUUUGUUGUUGUUGUACCCUAAGUCCAGCUCACUGGGCAAAUAGUUGUUAAACCUUUGAAUUAAAACAAAUAAAUGCAUUUUAACAGUA